AUGAUUUUGCAUUUCCAUAGGGAGCCAUUCGCGUCUGCGUCUGUCAAUCACCAGUUCUCCUCCCUGUCAGGUCGGGCACACUACUGUGCACAGCCAUCCAAAGUAGUGUGAUUACAGUAAAGCACACUGACACAGCCCUCUAGUAAAACACUCCCAGCGCACAGUUAAACCUUUUAUCGCCCCUCAUGUUAACCUCUUCCUGCUCAGUGCCAUUAGUACAGUGUCAGUGCUUUUGUUUAGCACAGAUCACUGUAUUGGUGUCACUGGGGAUGUCAGUGACAACAAGUCAGUUCCCCCCCAGUGUCAGAAUGCCCACCGCAGUCCUG